AUGCGGUCCAUCAACAGCCUCUCAUGGCUGUCUGUUCUGGCUUCCCUGACCACCUCCAUCCCCGCCAUCAACGCUCAGAACAACUCCAUCGAGCAAUGGCCACUUCAUGACAACGGCUUGAAUGACGUUGUCCAAUGGGACCACUACAGCUUCAAAGUUAACGGCAAGAGGCUCUUCGUCUUCUCUGGAGAGAUCCACUACUGGCGAAUUCCUGUGCCUGAGAUUUGGGAGGACCUCCUUGAGAAGAUCAAGGCUGCUGGCUUUACCGCAUUUGCUUUCUAUGGCAAUUGGGGUUAUCACAGCGCAAACAACCAAACCAUCGACUUCGAGACCGGCGCCCACGACUUCACCAAGCUCUAUGAGAUCGCGGAACGCGUUGGGCUCUACGUUAUCACGAGACCAGGCCCUUAUAUCAAUGCGGAGGUGAAUGCGGGUGGUUUCCCAACCUGGCUUACCACGGGUGCUUAUGGCAAACUUCGUGACGACGAUCCCCGCUACCUUGCAGCUCUGGAUCCCUACUUCUCUGAAUUCUCCAAGCGUGCCGCUGAACACGGUGUAACGAAGGGCGGUAACAACCUUGUUUACCAGAUUGAGAACGAGUACGGCCAGCAAUGGAAGGACAGGUCCAAAAAGAUUCCGGAUCUGCCAUCUGGACGUUACAUGGACGCUCUCGAGAAGUCAGCUCGUGCCAACGACAUCGAUGUCCCUCUCAUUCACAACGACCCCAACUUGAACACCAAGAGUUGGUCGAAGGACUACGCUCCUGGUGCUCUGGGAAAUGUUGAUGUCGCUGGUCUUGACAGCUAUCCGUCUUGCUGGUCUUGCAACUUGGAUGAGUGCACUGGUACUAACGGCGAAUAUGUUGCUUACCAAACUAUCAACUAUUACGAUCACUUCCUCGAGGUUUCGCCUACACAGCCCAGCUUCUUCCCUGAGUUCCAAGGUGGUAGCUACAACCCCUGGGGCGGACCUGAGGGCGGCUGCCCUGGUGACAUUGGUGCGGACUUUGCGAACUUAUUCUACCGUAAUCUGAUAUCGCAGCGCUCGACUGCUUUGUCGCUCUACAUGAUGUUUGGUGGCACGAAUUGGGGCGCGUUGGCGUGUCCUGUAGUGGCUACUUCGUACGAUUACAGUUCUCCUAUCAGCGAGAACCGCAAGAUCGACAGCAAGUACUACGAGACCAAGAACCUGGCUAUGUUCACUCGUAUUGCGGAGGAUCUGACAGUCACUGAUCGCAUCGGCAACUCCAGCAGCUACACUACUAACUCCGCUGUCAAGGCCAGCGAGCUUCGUAACCCGGAGACCAACGGUGCGUUCUACGUCACCGUUCACGACUACUCACCUUCUGGCACCAGAGAGGAGUUCAAGCUCCGCGUCAGCACUUCCAUCGGUAACCUGACUGUUCCUCAGACUGGCUCCAUUGUCCUGAACGGUCAUCAAUCCAAGAUCAUCGUUACCGAUUUCGCCAUUGGCAACAACACACUUACCUACUCGACUGCUGAGGUCCUUACCUACUCGGUGGUUGAUGGCAAACCUGUUGUAGUCCUCUGGACUGGCGCUGGUGAACCUGCUGAGUUCCAUGUCAAGGGCGCUAAGAAGGGCUCUAUUGCUCAGAACGGAAAGGCCGCCAACGCCACCGUCAAGGCUGACAGCUUUGGUGUCUUGGUCAACGUUCCUUCAGUGUCUGGCCAGAGUGUCUACGAGUUCAACAACGGUGUCAAGGUUGUUGUUGUCGACAAGCCCACUGGUUACUUGUUCUGGGCACCCAACCUUUCCAAGGAUCCUUUUGCGCCCGUCGAUCAGUCCAUCCUCGUCCAGGGUCCCUACCUUGUCCGUCACGUCGCUAGCGAGAAUGGUAUCUUGGCUCUCAAGGGUGACAUCCUCAACUCUACUGAUGUCGAGGUCUUCGCUUCUAAGAGCUUUAAGAAGCUCUCAUGGAACGGCCAGGAGCUGAAGACACACCGCACCGCCCACGGCAGUCUGAAAGCUAGUGUCAAGGCCUUCAGCGGUUCUAUCAAGCUUCCCGAGCUGGAUGACUGGAAGGUUGCCGACGGCUUGCCUGAAAAGCUGCCCAGUUACAAUGAUUCCGGCGCUGCUUGGGUUGAAGCUAACCACGUCACCACUCCCAACCCAACGAAGCCUGCCACACUCCCCGUCCUGUACGUCGAUGAGUAUGGUUUCCACAACAGCUUCCACCUCUUCCGUGGAUACUUUGAAGGCGCGGCUACAGGCGUGAACCUUGCCCUCCAGGGUGGUCUUGCUUUUGGUUGGACUGCUUGGCUCAACGGCGAAUUCAUCGGCUCCUGGUAUGGUAACUCGACCGUUGGCCAGGGCAACCAGACUCUCUCCUUCAACAAUGCGACUCUGAACACCAAUGGCACGAACGUCUUGCUCAUCGCCCAAGACAACAGUGGUCACGAUCUGCGUGGUGGCGCUACCGACCCCCGCGGUAUCCUUGGAGCUAGCCUGCAAGGCGGCGCUAACUUCACCAAGUGGAAGAUUGCUGGUGAGGCUGGUGGUGAGAAGGUCCAGCUUGACCCCAUCCGCGGCCCUCUGGCCGAGGGUGGUCUUACUGCCGAGCGUCUCGGCUGGCACCUUCCUGGCUUUGACGACUCCAAGUGGAACUCCAGCUCCCCAUCCGCUGGCUUCAACGGCGCGACUAUCAACUUCUACCGCACCAUUGUCCCGCUUGACAUCCCCGCCAAAGUCGAUGCUUCUUUCGCUUUCGUUCUGAACGCCCCAGCUUCGAAGCAGGUCCGCGUCCAUCUCUUUGUCAACGGAUACCAGUACGCGCGCUUCAACCCUUGGGUCGGUAAUGAGGUCAAGUUCCCGGUUCCGGCUGGUGUCCUCAACUACGCUGGCGACAACGUCAUUGGUCUGUCUGUGUGGUCGCAGUCUGAGGACGGAGCGAAGGUUGAUGUCAAGAUAGUCCAGGAAUACGCUAUCGAGAGCAGUUGGGAAUCGAGAUUCGACUCGGAGUACCUCAGGCCCGGAUGGACCCAGGAGAGGUUAGCUUAUGCUUAA